CCAGCAAGCCCCGUUGGACUCCGUUGGACAAAAGGCAGGGCCAUGUGCGGCAUCCAGGGCUGUGCACGCCCCCUCCUGCCCCUCCGCUCCUAGUUCCCACCCACCCCCUCUCUGUUUUUCAGAUCCCUUUGUCUACUCAAUCUCAUCUCCAUCUAUCACUUCAUCAACACACAAGUUCUUCAAGAGGGUAUAGACUCAAGAUACGGCACGUAGAAGAGCACGACACCCCCCGACGACACACCGACACCCCCCAUCAUGUCCUCCUCGACCACUGCUUCGGCUUCAAACACCAACUCUGCCUCUCACAGCAAGACCGCCUCUGGCUCUGGCAGCGCCUCCAACUCUGCCUCCACCGCCGCGACCUCGUCCGUCUCCAUCCCCCAGACAGCGGCCAACGGCGGUGUCACCGUGACCCAGCCCCCGAGCUCUGCAAGCGCGAGUUACUACAAGAUCGCCGAGGAUAGCUGGGUCACUUUUGGCUGGAACUUUACUAGUCUCUACGUCACACCCACCUCCCUCACAGUCAUCGCCUCCUGCUCCGCCAACGGCUACACCUACUCCGUCGGCCCCACCACCUCCCCCUACAACGUCUACCCGGGCAACACCACCCAGAUCGAGUGGAACCCGUGGCAAUGGGAGCAGAACCCGACGCAGGUGGCGUUUGCGGAGGCGACGUAUGUGCUCAAGAUCUGGGAUGAGCGGGGGGAGGACGCGGGCGAGACGGCGGGGUAUAUGAGUCCGUAUUCGGGGACGGAUUUUAUGAUGUAUAGGCCCGCGGGGUAUACGAGUAUUGCUGACGGAUGGGAAUACUCGAACGCAUUCCAUACACUCACCCAGCCAGCGCAUCUCGCGAUGCUCUGCACACUGCUCAUCACGCUCCUCUCGGCUUGGGGUAUCCUCCGGCGAUAGAUAGACCUUGGGGCUUUUCUUGCGGUGUCUUUUUCGGGUUGGGGCUGUCGAGGGUGAAGAAGGGUGGACGUAAUGGAGGUUCAUCGAAGCGAAGUGGUACGAGGAAGCUCGGGUAGAUCGAGGUGAGGGGGAGGAUAAGAGUGACGCGUGGAACGUCUUAGGUCGGGUUUGGCGUGGGAGACGAGGCUGGACUGUUCUUCUUCUUCACGGACCUUUUGUUCUGUUUCUGUUUCGGUUUUCUGUCUGUCUACAGCUUUCCUCCCAGCAUUCAUGUUUUAUACGAUAAUCUUACGACCCCCCUUUCUGGUACGCAUGUGCAUAACGCGACACAGUCUCCGGCUUAUGGACAUCAUGUUGAACUUUUGGUUUUGGUUUGAUGAGAUUAUGGAUUUGUGUAACGACAACUGGCGAACUCUAUCUUGCCCCCAACAUUGAUUGUCUGGAAUGAUGGCCUAUAACGGCUGUGACGAGGGGUUGCUUUGGGACCAUGGACGUAUACUCGAGUACUCUAGAGUAAAGUACUCUCGUAGUGCUAAUCAGACCUCCCUUCAUAUUUCAGCCCUUCAUGGAUAUCUCGCCGUUGCACGCGCGCACCCCGUCUGAGCGCCUUGUCUUGCACGAUGAUCGCAUUUGCCCAUGCAACGCAAGAUAUAUGUCGCACACUCCUGCCCGCGCAUGGACAGUGCCACACAGCUCUACAGCUUGGCGGGAAAGUGUGGCGUCUUGCGUGUGUGCGUGUUUUUGUCACGACCUAGCUGGGACGCAGCAGGGAGGUGACUGGAAAAGGUGCUUUUGGAGGGG